AUGGCGACCCGGAAGGUUAGGAUCAAGAAGUUGGCUCCAAAAACGCCUCUAUCCGUCCUCAGAGAAGACCAAAUCGACCCUUCAGAAUACGAACAACUCACCUCCGAAGCCCAAAUCGCAACCGGUGUCGAACAGGCCGAGGAAAAUGAGUACCAUCUUCAGGCAGUCCUGCAGCAUGCAGGUGUCGCUGCCGACAAGGAAAUUCCCGUCCCACCACCACAGGAGAGCACACUCAACUAUGACGAGCUCUACUCACAGCGGUGCUCCCAGCCAUCAACAUAUAUCCGCUUUUCUCAAACAGUAGAAGAAUGCAUAGGAUGCAUGUAUGACAUGACGGAGGAGGACGAUGUUUUUCUCAAGGCAUACAACUCAAAACGAGCCGCCUCUGCCCAGCUCUCAGAAGAUGACUUUGAGAAGAUCAUGGAGGUGUAUGAGGACACCGCCUUCAUCAAAACCCCGUUUGCCUCAAUAGACCAGACAAUAGCCCCAUAUGAGGAGAUGCUCCAAGGCCUUCAAAGCUUGGAGAGAGGAAAGGUCAUGCCUCACGCCAAAGAGAUCUAUGAGUAUUGGAAAUCACGGCGGCAAGCUCUGAGCAACCGACCGUUACAUCCCACUCUCAAGUUUGAGAUCUCCCCUGACAGUGAUGACAUGGACCCCUAUGUCUGUUUCCGUCGGCGAGAAGUACGUGCCACUCGCAAGACAAGAGCACGAGAUGUGCUGUGCGCAGAUAAGCUCAAGCGACUGCGGAGGGAGCUUGAGGAUGCGCGCCAGUUGGCCAUGGCUGCCCACCAAAGGGAGCUUUUCAAGGCCGAGAUGCUCAAGACUGACCGCGCCAUCUUUGAGACGCGCGGGACACUCAAGGAGCUCAAGGUCAGGUUGGGGAUCAAGACCGACGACGAAGAUCUCGUCAACCAAAAGAAACGAAAAGCGCCAGAGGCCCCUGCCGUCCAGCGACCCCCACCACCUGCCCAACUUCGUAUGCCCGUACGACCAGAUGGCCGUCCUGCCGAGGCAGAUCUCUCGCAGCUGGCUGAUCGCCUUGCUGAGAAGGAGAACGAGCUCCGGAUUGAUAUCGAGAAGAAGGUGCUGACCCAUAGCGAAUGGAAUCGCAACUAUGUGGACUUGACUAGGGGUCCGUUGUCUCCGGUGCAUGGGCCCCUUCAAGAUCCCAACUUUAGGCCAGCCAAGACCCAAUAUCUGAUGACACCACCAGCUUCGGCGUCGUCGGUAUCCAUGGAGGAACCCACCCCUAUGGAGCUUGACAAGCCAGAAAAGCCACGAGACUUUGGCCCGCUCUUGAAAUUUAGGGGAGUAGCUCCGGAUGAGGAGUCGAGAGCAAACCCGCCAUCGUACCGUCGGCGUAUUGGUCGUCUCAAUCGGCUGUGGAUUGAUCGUCGUGGCUUGGCUAGUCCUCCCCGUGAAGUCAGCGCAGAACAGUACGACCGCUGGAAAUAUGACCAGUCGUCGGAUGAUGAGGACGAGCCCGAGGUGUACGAGGUUGAUCCCUUUGAUACCCGGGCACUGAAAUUCCGCGCCUCUGUCCCGCCUCCAGUGUGGAUGACACACCGAGUAGUUCCUAACUCAAGAACUAUGAUGCCAGCCGCGCAGGCUGCGAUGAUGCAGCAACAACAGCAUCAGCAGCAACAUCCAAUACCACCAAACCAACCGGCGUCACUACCAGCACAACUGCAGGCGACGAAAUCGCCUGCACAAGUGAAGGGAGCAACAUGA